UGACAAAUAAUUACCUCGGCGCCCAGCAAACGACGCAUCUUUACCCUACAAACGCGGCCUUACAAAAGAGCGCUAAACUCCAUUAACGACCUUCACUUCCUUUCACACUUUCCUCUUCCAGGAAAUGCUCCCAUAGAGAUUCCUUUCCGUUCCCUCCACCAAAUCUCCAUUUCCCACCCGAAUCCAAGCUCCGCCGCAGAAAUGCCCCUCUCAUUUCUGCUCCCACUCCUCCUCUUCUCGCUGCUAUUCGGUGGCGGAGGCGCCUCCGGUUCCUCCACCGGCGCCUCGCUAUCCGACUGGAGCGCCGCUCGGGCGACGUACUACCUCGCAUCCGACCCGCGGGACAACGUCGGCGGGGCCUGCGGCUACGGAGACCUUGUCCGGGCCGGGUACGGGAUGGCCACCGUCGGGCUCAGCGAGUCGCUGUUCGAGCGCGGCCAGAUCUGCGGCGCAUGCUUCGAGCUCCGCUGCGUCGACGACCUCCGCUGGUGCAUACCGGGGACUUCGAUUAUCCUCGCGGUGACGAAUUUCUGCCCUCCCAAUUACGGGUUUCCUUCCGACGGCGGGGGACACUGCAAUCCUCCCAACAAGCACUUCGUUCUCCCCAUCGAAGCUUUCGAGAAGAUCGCCAUCUGGAAGGUCGGCAACAUGCCUGUUCAGUACCGGAGAAUCAAAUGCCGGAGAGAAGGGGGGAUAAGAUUCCAGGUCUCGGGGUCGACCAUCUUCAUCUCGGUGCUGAUCACCAAUGUGGCCGGAGCUGGGGACGUCACUGCGGUGAAGAUAAAGGGUUCGAGGACCGGGUGGCUUCCAAUGGGCAGGAAUUGGGGACAGAAUUGGCAUGUAAAUGCUGACUUGAGAAACCAGCCAUUGUCAUUUGAGGUCACUAGUAGUGAUGGCCAGACGAUUGCCUCUUACAAUGUUGCCCCUAAAGACUGGAACUUUGGGCAGACCUUUGAAGGUAGUAAGCAAUUUGAGGCUUAAAAGGUUGGAACUUGUACACGGCCAAAGGCCAAAAGUCCUCCAGUUUUUUGUCUACUCCUUUUGGUAUUUUUUUAGUUGGAAGAUGUAUGGAACUUAGAAGAUGUAUAGAAUGGCAAGACUUAACUUAUUGAUCGAGGGAAUGCGUUGGUGCCCUAAAUUAAAGAAAAAAAUACAUGUAGUGAUGGGUAUGGUUUGGUUUGGAAUUAGUUCGAGUAAUAUAGGAUCAUAUCGGAAGUGAAAGAAAAAUGAGAACUAAGAAUUGCGUCUAAAGAGUAUUCGGUUUGGUACUAUAUCAUUUGGAUUUGAACUUUUAUUUGUUUCAUCAAAGGAUCAAUUAUAUGAGAAAUGAAAAUUUUGAAUUUGA